GUUUUUUCACUUUCCCUUUGAAAACGUUUGAAAACGCAGCUAGGGCAUAUGCACAUCUUACCAUCCCGGCCACCAUUUUCACCGACAUUCGUCUCCCAUUCGCCGGCAUCGUCCUCGUCCAUUGUUGUGUCGGCAAGAGUCGUUCGAUUAAGAGUAACUCUUUUUUCCAUGCAGGAUCCAAGGUUCCAACCGAAUUUAUCUAGCACGUAUCAACCUAUAAAGUGCAGUAUCAAUUGUAACUGUGACAAUGAAGGGGUUCAAUGCACUUAUGAGCGCCGCUAUGCUGAGAUGAGCUCCAGUAGUGGCGUCCUUGGUGAGGACAUCGUUUCUUUUGGCAAUGAAAGUGAACUUGUACCCCAGCGUGCAGUUUUCGGUUGUGAAACUUUGGAAACUGGUGAUCUAUAUAGCCAACGUGCCGAUGGAAUAAUGGGUUUGGGGCGUGGUAGGCUUAGUGUGAUGGAUCAGCUUGUUGACAAGAGGGUUAUUGAUGAUUCAUUUUCAUUAUGUUAUGGUGGGAUGGGCGUCGGUGGGGGUGCUAUGGUUCUUGGUGCUAUCCCUUCUCCCCCUGGUAUGGUAUUUACCCAUUCAGACCCAUUUCGCAGUCCGUAUUACAACAUUGAGCUGAAGGAAAUACAUGUGGCGGGGAAGCCAUUAAAAUUAAGCCCAAAAGUUUUUGAUCAAAGACAUGGAACUGUCUUGGAUAGUGGAACUACAUAUGCUUAUCUUCCUGAGGAAGCUUUUCUCGCAUUUAAGGAUGCUUUAAUAAAGAAAAUUCAUUUCCUCAAACGAGUUCAUGGUCCUGACCCAAGUUAUAACGAUAUUUGUUUUUCUGGUGCUGGAAGGGAUGUCACUCAACUAUCAAAAAUAUUUCCAGAAGUUGAUAUGGUUUUCAACAAUGGGCAAAAAUGGUCGUUGUCUCCUGAAAACUACUUGUUUCGGCAUACAAAGGUUAGUGGUGCAUAUUGCUUGGGAAUUUUUAAAAAUGCGGAUUCAACUACGCUUUUGGGAGGAAUUCUUGUCCGUAAUACCCUUGUAACUUAUGAUCGAGAGAAUGAUAAGAUUGGCUUUUGGAAAACUAAUUGUUCUGAACUUGGAAAGAGAUUGAAUUAUGUUAGUGCUCCUCCCCCAUCUCGGUUACCUUCUGAUAGCCAGAAUAGAAGUACAGAAAUUCUGCCUCCUGUAGUUCCAGUUGACUUGUCUUAGAAUGUUUUUCCAGGUAGAGUACGUUUCAAGCAUCUAACGGCCUUUACAUAGCCUCACAAAUUGAAACUACAGUUUUCACAAAUUCACAAUUAUGCUAGGCAUCUAUCCAUAUGUGGAGUUGAUCAAUGAUUCACCUGUUGAACAUUAAGCCUAUAGAUAGACAAAAGUCUGUUUUUCACACAAGCAGAAAAACUAGUAUUAUUUUAGGAUGUAAGCUAGUGAGAUGAUGUGUUUAGCUAUGGUCAUUUCUGUAAAUCUAGAUGUGUGAACUUGUAGUUGGAUAUGUAUGAUCAUAUAUUGUAAUGGAUGAUGAGUAUGAAAACAAAGCUGAAAUUUGAAGCGGAAA